UAGCUGAAGGAGGUCCGUGUCUGCAGGAGGUGGAGCUCAGCCUCUUCCUCCAUCUCCGGUUCUUCAGUGUGUCCGCGGGUUCCGCAGCAGCCGGAGCGAAGAACCUGCAGCAGGAACGCGCGCACAUCCUGCACCUGAAAGCGCCUACGAUGUUCCCGGACGCGCCUCUGCCGUCCCGGAAAACCGCGCGCUGAUUUUGCCUCGUGCGUAAUAGUCCGGCUCCGCGCGCGCUGCUCAUCAUGGCUUAUCCUCAGGGUUUCAUCUUCCAGCCGUCCGUGUCGCUGGCUCUGCAGUGCCCAACCUUCGGCUCCGGGGUGGUCCUCGGACCGCGGACCGAGGAACUUGGUCGCUCCUCUUCGGGUUCUGCCUUUGCUCCGUACUCCGGAUCGGUGACGUCUCCCGGGUUCAACUCGCACCUUCCGUUUGGCGGGGAGCCCCGGGCCGCCGGCACCCUCAACUCUUUUGUGAGUCCAGGCUACGACCCGUCCUCAGGCUUAUCCGGAUCUCUGGACUACCACCCGUUCGGGCCCCUGGGUCCCUACCCAUAUGGAGACCCCACCUACAGGAAGAACGCCACCCGGGAUGCCACGGCCACGCUGAAGGCCUGGCUCAACAAGCACCGCAAGAACCCGUAUCCCACCAAGGGGGAAAAGAUCAUGCUGGCCAUCAUCACCAAGAUGACACUGACACAGGUCUCCACCUGGUUCGCCAAUGCUCGCCGGCGCCUGAAGAAGGAAAACAAGAUGACCUGGACCCCCCGUAACCGAAGCGAGGAUGAGGAGGAGGAGGACAUAGACCUGGAGCGCAACGAGGAGGAAGAGCCGAUGAAGAUGAACGCGGAUGAGACAGAGAACGUGACCCGUCGGGCCCUGGACUCCUGUGUUCUGGCCUUCCGGGACGACAGCGAUGUGGAUCGAGGUUUCAGUGAUCCGGACUCUGGGGACCAGAGACUGGCCCACCAGCCGGGUCCCACCCCUGUGUCGGGGGCCCCUCCUCAGAACCAGGCCCUGAACUUGCUCAGAGUUUCUGAGUCAUCAUUGAGUCCACCCCCUAAAGAACAUGUGGACUCCUGUGGUGCCACCCAGGGGCCAAAUUCGGGCCCCAAACCAAAACUGUGGUCCCUGGCCGAGAUCGCCACGUCAGAUAAAAGUAAAGGAGGCAUCGACUUCUCACAGAGUGGGUUGGCAGUUCAGAACCCAUUCUCCCACGGUACCACCCUGACCCGACACCUGUACUACACCUCCCCCUUCAUCCCUGGAUACUCCAGCUUUGGACCCCUGGGGCCUCUGCACGGUGCCGGUUCGCAUCUAAACGGAUUACAGCAGAAGAUUCUGCAGAGGGCUGAAGCUGCAGCCCGAGACUGCCGGUUCCCCAACCAGAACCAGAAUCAGAACCAGCUGGAGCUGCACAAAGUCAAGAGAGGCAUGACAAACGUGUAGAGGCUGCUUUUCCAUAGUUGAGCUAGCCGGACCUGAAUCAGCUGGUUCUGGUGGUAGAAUGGGCCGAACCCGGAGACAUAACCAGCUGGACCCAUAGGCAGAACCGGCCGAAUGUGGAGGCAUGACCAUCUGGUUCUGGUGGUAGAACUGGCCGGAUCUGGAGGCAGAACCAGCUGGACCCGGAGGCAGAACCGGCCGAAUGUGGAGGCAUAACCAUCUGGUUCAGGUGGUAGAACUGUCCAGAUCAGGAGGCAGAACCAGUAGGUUCUGAGUGGCAGAACCAGAUGGACCUGGUGGCAGAACCGGUUGGGUGUGGAGGCAGAACAAGCCGGUUCUGGUGGUGGAUUCUGGGCGCUCCGGCUUUGAUUGAUUUCCCUUCAGAUGGUUUUUCUAUGUUGAUCCGAUGUAACCUUCGUGGCCCGGUUCUGCACCGAGUCUCAUUAAAAGACAAUUUUCUUAAAGUCUUAAAGUGAUGCCUGCGUUUAUUUCCUCCAACUGAACCGAACCAGGAUCCCAGGCUCGUUGGAAAAUAUCUGCAGCUGCUCACGUUCGGUCCCAGUUGAGUUUAGCUCUGAUCAGGUUCUGUUCAGCUUCAGAACCAAACUUAGCAGAAUUCAUUUCAACUGUGGGCUUCUGAUCAGAACCGGGUCCACAGUGAGUCAAAGAUCCGUUUUUAUCCCGUUUGAAUCAUCAGUCUAAAUGUGGAUUCAGAGCUGUCCAUCACUGAUCCAGUUUCUUCUGAUGGACUGACCCAGUCUUUAAAUAACCGGAUCAAACCGGCAGCACUUGUUCACAAACUCAUAAAAUAUGGAGGCAGAAAAGCGUCACAAUGACAUGCAUAAAUACAGAUUUGA